CGGAAGUGCUUGCGAGGUGCCGCGGUUGUGAUGGCGCCGGAGAAGCCGUUGCGUGUGUUGGCCUGUGGAGAUGUUGAAGGAAGAUUUGAAGCUUUAUAUGCCAGAGUUCAAGCUGUUCAGAAGAAAAGUGGAGCAUUUGAUCUCCUUUUGUGUGUGGGAAACUUCUUCGGCUCUGCUCAAGAUUCAGAAUGGAAAGAUUAUCAAACAGGAGCAAAAAAAGCUCCUAUACAGACAUAUGUUUUGGGUGCCAAUAGUGAUGAAACGGUGCAUUAUUUUCCUGACGUCAGUGGAUGUGAACUAGCUGAGAACAUCACUUAUCUAGGACGUAAAGGUGUCUUCUGUGGAGCUUCAGGACUUCAGAUUGCUUAUCUCAGUGGAGUUGAAUCCACAGAAGAUCCGGCUCUUGCACACUGUUUUAGCGCUAAGGAUGUAACUGAUCUCAAGACUUCCUUGCAAUCCAUUUCACAAUUCAAAGGUGUGGACAUCUUGCUCACCUCUUCUUGGCCCAAGGGUGUAGAGACCUUUGGCAACAGCCCAGGAGAUGUGAACUCUAAGAAAUGUGGUUCAGGAUUAGUAUCUUUUCUGGCUGCAAGUCUAAAGCCCAGGUAUCAUUUUGCUGGUCUUCAGAAAAUCAACUAUGAAAGACUUCCUUAUAGAAACCAUGCUGUUCUUCAAGAAACUGCACAACAUGUCAGCAGAUUCAUCGCUCUGGCCAAUGUUGGCAACACUGACAAGCGAAAGUAUCUCUAUGCAUUCAGCAUUCUUCCAAUGAAUUCAAUGGAUCCUGCAGAACUCAUCAGACAGCCCCAAGAUACCACCGAGAACCCAUACCGAAAGCCUGGGAGUGGAGAAAGUUUUGCAUAUAUGUUACCAGAUGCGAAGGAGGAGCCUGCUAGCCAAUUUUUUUUUGAUUUAAGCAACAAGCCAAAAGGAAAGAAACGACCUAUGAAAGGAGAAGAGAGACAGCCACCGAAGCGGCCACCUUUCAAACCCCCAUUGCCGACAGCUGCCUGCUGGUUUUGCCUUGCCAGCCCAGAUGUUGAGAAGCAUUUAGUGGUGAGCAUUGGCACACAUUGCUACCUUGCCCUUGCCAAAGGGGGCUUGUCACCUGAUCAUGUCCUUAUUUUGCCCAUUGGACACUAUCAGUCAAUGGUUGAGCUUGCUUCAGAAGUGGUGGAAGAAGUUGAUAAGUACAAGUCUGUGCUGAAAAAAUUCUUCAAAGCAAAAGGGAAAAGGUGUGUGAUUUAUGAAAGGAAUUAUAGGAGUCAACACCUCCAGCUCCAGGUUGUUCCUGUAGCCCAGACCUGCUGUACUACUGAAGACAUUAAGGAGGCCUUCAUAAUUCAAGCAGAGGAACGUCACAUUGAGUUGUUAGAGAUACCAGAACAUUCGGCUCUCAAACAAAUAGUUCAGCCAGGGACACCAUAUUUUUAUGUAGAACUUGAUAAUGGAGAGAAACUCUUCCAUCGUAUUGGGAAGAACUUCCCCUUGCAGUUUGGAAGGGAGGUGCUGGCUAGUGAGGCCAUCCUUGGCAUGCCUGAGCGGGCAGACUGGAGAAGCUGCCAGACAGGUCGGGAGGAAGAAACUGCUGCAGCCCAAGACUUCCGUCAAGCCUUUGAGCCCUUUGAUUUUGCCCAGUUGGAUUGAGUACCUGAAUGGAGUGGGAAAGCUCUAUUGAAGAACAGCUUUCCUUUGAAGUUUCCUACCCAGCCCUAGGAAUUUUUCAAGAGUGGGAGUUCAUCACCUCUCCUGCUGGCUAGGUCAUGAAGGAAGACAUUUUACAUGACAGGAACAGUGAGAAACUGAUUGCUUCCACUGAAGACUUCCUAUGACCCUUGCUGGUCUACAGUUUGGGAUGUCACCUGCCCUAUUCUGUCUGCACUUAUUGGUCUGUGGCUUCCAGAAGGCCUUCAGAAGAGGUAUGCGCAAAAGAUUUUCUUUUGCUGCUGACCACUCUGUUCCAGCAGGUGAGAUUAGGAACUAUGAAUCCUCCUAGAUUGGGGAGCCAAUUUAAAUCCUCUGAUAUUGGAGGUAGAUUUGCAGUGUGCAUCACACGGUACCCCAAGUUUUUGUGCUCUGGCAGUAAGUCACUGCUAUCCAGGUCAUGCACAAAAGGAGAGAAUGAAUACAAUCUUUGAAAGCAGCAGAAGCCUCAGUACUCUGCUGUAUAAAUGGAGCGGGGGUGAGAAGACUAAUGGUGGUCACAAGCUGAUAGCGCAAAAGGAAAAACAUGCACAGGCAAUGAGCAAUGUUCUUGUUUUAGGAAAAUGAGAAGUCAGAUGUGCAAUGCAGAUAAGUAGUCACUGCUGACUCAAGCUUUCUCUUCAGCUCCAAGUUUAGCUGUAAAGUGGUUGAGGUUUUUUUUAUAUAUAUGAUUAUGUUGAUUGUGAAUCCUAAUGUCAAGCAAAAUACUGGCUUAAAAAGAACAGUCUUGGAAAAUGGUUAAAAUAUUUUAAUGGUUUACUCAAUUAAAUAUGUAUUUUUAAUGAGAAUGUGCGAAAGGUAGAUUUUUUUAUACGUGAAAAGCAGAUUAAAUAUUUUCCUGUCAGCUGCUGGCUAGCUCUGUCAGUUGGGAAUAUAAUCAUCUAUAUGAGUUCAGUUAAGAUUUUCAACAAGUUCAUUAGCUUUGAGGAGGUGAUCAUGGUUUAUGGGGAAGUUGUAGGAUCUUCAUAUAUUACAGUAAUAGAGUAAUAUUGAGACUGUUGUCUUAUGGUUGGCAUGGAACUUCUCAAAUGUGACAUACCAGCAUUUUAAUUUACUUGCAUCUUUCUUAAUUUUUACUUUUUCAAUAAUUUCCUUGAACUUCUGUUAUAUGUUGUACCAGUAAGAACUCUUACGUCAAAUCUGAUAGAUUUCAAACAACUUCAUGUGACCAGUGUUACUUCAUUUAUAAUAAAAUAUGGAGUCUAAUUUUUGUUAGGCAAUACAAGUUAACUUUGAAGAAGUUACAACUUAAAGCAAUUAAAUAAAAGUGGCUGUGGUUUUCAACACUACUAGAUGAACCAGACCAGGAAAUCAACUUCACAGGAAGGCUAAAACUACUUUUAUUGAGUUGCUAUAAUAACAG